AGCCCACGCUGGGUUAAGGAAGUGUGAUUCCUUUUCUCAUACCCUUAGUUUUACUACUACGGUAUGGAAAUCCGCGGAAAUGCCGGCGAAGAAGGCCAAAAAGAUCGUCCAGCAAUCGGCCGACGCUCUUGUGACCAAUGCCGUUCACGAAAGAUCGGGUGUGACAGAGCAUCGCCAUGCUCGAACUGCGUUUCCACACGACUAGAAUGCACCCACACUACCGUUGCAAGGAAGCCAGCACCCCCGAGGCAAAGAAUAUUGAUAUCGGCACAAUAUGAGCGUAAGAUCGACGAUAUCGCACGCGAUAUCCUUCUUAUCAAAUCAUCCUUAGGAAGUCACAACGCUCCGAGAGAAUUCGCCAAGCCACAAGAUCGAUCUGGGACGCAAGUGGUCCGAAAUGAGAUCACAAGACCUGUCCUUGGGGACUAUGCGCCUGCGGAAGCACACGCCAUCAUACCCCAAUGGGAGCACUCAUUCCAUGUCAUCGACUUCGUCAAGGCAUUUGUGGAAGACAGCAGGCCCGAUCAAGGCGAAGAGAGUUUCUCCGGGACCAUUUCAUCACUCAGAAGUUUGGUCGCUGCCAUGUCGAACCCUGUUCUUGGAGGGCACUUUUGUCCAGUCUCCGAUUCGAAUCCCGCCAGUAAACAGAUACAUGCGCGCAUGCCACCUUUGGAUGCAGUGCUUGAGGUCUUGCGAUGGGCAAAAUCCCACCAAAACUAUCUAAGGGUCCAGUCAAUCUCUCAGAUCCUGCCCCUUCAGAAGCUCGAGGAUACCUGUCGCAAGGUUUACUUUGCCGUAGACAGCUACUCAGAGAUAGAUUUUGUUCUCACGACCGGGUUUCUAUCUUACAUGUUUGCUGAACAUACAGUUUCGGAAGGGUCCGCAAGUUCCCGAGAUCAUUUCCAGCUCUGCCAGAGGAGCCUCGCAAAAGCCCUUUCAAUCCUCCCAAUCAUGUUACCACCAUCCAUGGAGGUCAUUGCUGUGUUGACAUUUGGAACUUUGUUCUCGGUAGAAAACUCUAAAGCUACAGCAGCUUGGAGCUUUAUCUCGACUGCGUUGAAUCAUUGCCAAACAUUGGGAUACCAUCGCCUCCGGCCGCAGGCAGUGGGACAUGGAGACGAACAAAGGAACACGGAAACCAGCUUGUUCUGGACCGUUUUCAAGUUCGAAAAGGGACUAGCACUUCGUCUAGGACGACCAUCUGGGAUCCGCGAUGCCGAGAUCACACUGCUGGCCGAGCCGGACGAGUCCCGAACCACCAGGAUCGCCCGGAUCCAGGGACAGGUUUACGAUCAGCUAUACAGCCCAGCCGGCCUAACAACAUUAGCGGAGCGGAAAGCUCAAGCUAUGCAACUUGCUGAUGAAGUAAGAGGUAUAAUCUGUCAGAUAAAAUCAGAAAUCUCGGCUGCGAAGGAGAGCCUCAAAGAUGCUCAAGCAGACCAUAUGCGCGCUACAUAUCUCCACAGCGAUCUUGUCUGGCAUUCCUCCAUCCUGACUCUAAUUUUGAGAGCAAUUCCUUCGGCGCAACGCUCAGGAAUAUCGGACGAGUGUGCUUCGGCAGCCCGCGACACGAUAGAGGCACAUCAACAGUGUAUAGAGAGUUUGCGCGGUUGCAGCGAUCCAGCAACAGUCGUCAAAUACCUCAAUUGGGCCAUUAUCCAUGUCCCAUUCGUCCCGUUCAGCAUCAUUUUUACUUGCGUGGUACGGACCUUCAAUUUUGACGACUUGGCCCUCCUGGAACGGUUUGCUGCAUCUCUUAAACCAGAGACAACAGAUGAAAACUCACCAACGCAUCCAUACCGCCUUUACGACCUCCUCUGCCAGGCAGCUAGGCUCCACAUCACCAGAACCCAAUUCUCGGCAUCGGGUCCCAACAUGACAGGAGACGAUUCAACCUUGCUGUCCGAUUUCAAGGCCUCGCAGUUCCUUGCAGAGACCACAGGACCCAUUGAUGAUUUCGUAAAUCCCGAUCUUCUGAUGUUUGAUGCCAGCGAUUGGUAUCAAGGUAAUCAGCAUCUCAUCAACCUAUUAGAUGAAGGUAGACUAUUCUAGAAACCAAAU